AGAAACAGUGAGAAGUCUUAUUUACGGGCAUGAGUUAAAAAGAUGAUCCAUCUGAAAGAAACUGAGGAACGUUUAUUUCAAUAAUUAAAUGAAUAAAUAGAAACAAAAUAAUAGCAAAGUUCCUUGAAAUCAUUAUCAUUAUCAGUCUCUGUAAUACCAAUCUAGGAUAAGGGUUUCCUCACUUCUAUAAAAGUCUUGUUCAUUAUUGUCUGUUCACUGACUAUCUGUAGUAAGCCAUCUCGGUAUAACUUGUUCUUUCAUUUAUUUCCAUGUACGUCCUAGAAUUUUUUGUCAUUCUUGGGUUAUCCUUAUGUGCACAACGACUUGACUUGCUCUCGUGCCCAUGCUCUUAAAUCGUCUGAGUUUUUCACUCGUCUGGCUACGACUAUAAAGUCACUUUCCACUAAAUUGAUCUAUGUUGUAUACCUCUCACAUAACUCCUCUGACUAUAUAACUUUUUUUCACUAUCUAAUUUCCAAAACGGAAUACAGUUUUACUCCCUUCCCUUUUGCAGAAAUCUUCACUCUUGGGAACUAAUGUUUACAACCAGCUUUGACUUUUCUCUCUCUUUACUGAAUAUUCUAGUGAAUAAGCUUUUAACUCUGCUGCCCUCCAUAACCUAGACUAGAGCAUUAGAGUUUCUUUAAUCCCUGAUGCACCUCUCUCUCUCUCUCUCUCUCUCUCUCUCUCUCUCUCUCUCUCUCUCUCUCUCUCUCUCUGCAGCAGUGCCAAUGUAGUGUAUGGGACGCGAAUAAACAAACAAAUCAAUUUUGUUUCUAAAAGCAAGCGCACAGAAAGUUUCGUAUCAUGGCGGGCGUGGCUCUUGUGAUUGUUUAUCUCAUUGUUUUUCUUCCCAUUAUAGGUUGACACUCUAAGAAGAAAAUAGUACGAUUUCACUCUACUGCCGACUGUACAUAUAUAUACAGACAGAAGAGAAGACGCUAUUGAUAUGGAAGUAGCUGGCGGUGAGGUUCGCUCCAGAAGACACUGAGGCGCUAUGUUUGGCUCAACGAUGUAUGCAGUGUCGGUGAUGGCAAUGGCAGUGCUGGUGAUGGCCUCAGCGGACGUUGGUGAUCGUGUCACUGCAACUUCGAUCAGCUAUCAAGACAUGGUGACAGCUGUGGCCAAGAAUGCUGGGGCACGCUCAACCAUAUAUCUAUUUCCUGGGACACAAACCGUGACGACUUUGAAGGUGCAACAGACGAUACAAACCACAUACACCUCUUGCCUGUCGACGGAGCCUGGCCUGCCGACCUGCACGGACUCUGCCAAUGCUCGCUACCUCGUGGCCACCACUCUCUCUUUCCAACCGUCGAAGCGUGCUGUGGACCUGCAGGCAAUCCCUCAAGAGACAAAGCCAUCUAAAAUUGACACCAUCUUCGGAGAAAAUAAGCGAGAAUUCCUGUCCUUCAUCCCCGUGGUGCUUCCCGUCAGAUACGAAACCGUGACUUUAUCCUCGAUUAAGUACACCGCCACCACCAAACACCCGUCUGUCACCGCUACCGUGCACAUUAGUAACUGCAUACCACCCGCCCUGCCUUUUGAGGCGGAGGAAUGUCCACCUUCUGAUCCUGUAGCUGAUUAUACAACUGAUCCUACAACAGAUCUAACAACUGAUCCUAUGACUGAUCCUACAACUACUAAUCCCGGGACAACAUCUCUUAACUAAGUCCACCACAGACACCUGGGCGCACACCGACCAUCAUCACUAUUGCAUAACGAACUGGAGUACUCGGCAGAAACGAUAAUUUUAUUACCUGUUUCUUUGGCAGGAAAGGCACCUUAGCAUAAUAAUAGUUUUAGCCACUGUUUGGGAGGCUGGUAUUUAGGGUCAGUCAUAAUCCACACGGAAUUUCUAUGUAGUUAACUACUGUGGUUUGAAUAAAUAUUGCAUGGCAUUUUCUUUUAUUUUUUAGCCUAAAAAAUCAAGCAAGACAAAAAAAAUGUUGCUUUGAUUGAUUGGUUUGGCUUGGAGGACGCACGGACACCUGGGUGUGGACUGGACGGUUCCGGAUGGUCACUGUUUAGUGUUUACUGGUAUCAAGUUUGUAUUCAAGACAGAGUGAACAUUCAAUAUCAUUCCAUAAUGUGCUAAUGAUAUUAAAAAUAAUUAUUACCGUGAUUCAAUAAUCAAAUGGCCAAGCAUCUUUUCG